AUGGACGCCUUCACCAAGAAGACGCUCAAAACCUCUAGAGGCUACACAUACACCUACUACACCUCGGCAGGCGACAAGUCCCUCCCAGCCCUCGUCUUCCAACACGGCUGGCCCGACCAUGCCGCCAUGUGGGCAGACGUCGCCGGCCCUCUGCGCUCUCUUAACCACCCCAUACUCAUUCCCGACAUGCUUGGCUACGACGGCACUGACAAGCCCACCGACCCUGCAGCCUACAGAUGGGACGGCAUGACAACCGACAUAGUUGACCUCCUCAACGCCGAGCAGCACGACAAGGUGAUUUCCAUUGGCCACGACUGGGGAUCCGCGGCCGCCUGUCGAUUAGCACACUACUACCCGGACCGCGUGGUCGGACUCGUCAACCUAAACGUCCCGUAUACGCCGCCGACUCGCCAGCAGUUUGAUCUGGAGAAGAUGAAUCAGUUGACGCAGCAGAUCUUUGGCUAUCAGUUCUUUGCCUACUGGCAGCUUUUCACAGCCGAGGAUGGCGUCGAGGUCAUAGAGAAGAAUCUAGAGCGUAUGUACCACGCCAUGCAUGGUCAGGCCGACACCAUGAAGCAUCUAUUUUGCACACCCGGUGCUUUACGAGAGUACCUCACCAACACCACCACUCCCCCCUCCCCCCUCCGCCCCUACGCCCACUCCCCCACCCUAGAAUCCACCUUCCUCUCCCAAUUCACCACCGCCGGCAUGACCGGUCCCCUAAACUGGUACAAAGCCACCACCCUCAACCACCAAUUCGCCUCGGACUCGCAGCUUCCCCAGCACGUCGACAAAAUCACCGUUCCGGUGCUGUAUAUUGGCACGACCGAGGACCCCGUGUGCAGGCCGGAAAGCAUGGUGCCGAGUAUACGCGCGGGGCUGCUGCCGCGGCUUGAACAGGCGCAGAUGGUGCAGGCGGCGCAUUGGGUUACGUAUGAGAAGCCGGGGGAGGUGGUGGGCAGGAUUGAGGGGUGGGUUAGGAAGCAUUGGCAUGGCGGGGAGAAGGAGUGA